UAAAAUUUUUAUUUUCACUCAGUAGUUACGAGUGUAGUUGAAAUGGCUUUGCAUUGCUGCUGUUAAUCCAAUAAAUUUAAUUUUAUUUUCCAAUAAAAAUGUGUUGUCAAAUAGUUAAAUGAAACGCUAAUCGAACUGCGGAUAGCACUUGUGCCAUGUACGAAUUUCAUUGAUUGAAAGAUUCGGAUUGUGUUCGUUUAAACAAAAGAUAUUUUGGGUGAAGCGCAGAGCCAUACAAAAUCUUACUAAUAAUCAUCGGUGCGGAGUGUGUGAUAAAAAACGAAAGAAAGAAAAUUGUGUGGAACAUUAAUCGCAUAACAUCUCACAUGAUAUGGGGUACAACAUUGAUUGGAUUUUCCCAAGGUUGAGGCAUCCGUCAAACUUUUGGCAUCUGGCUAGUACGGUCACAAUUGCAGCUGUUGGUCUAUUUAGUAAAAUUGUAACAGUUUGGCUCAAUAAAACAAAAGUAUACAAUGGACACAUUCUACGUAAUGCGCUCGAUAACAAACCAGCUGCCAUACCGAUAUUAACGGUAUCAAAUCAUCACUCGUGUUUCGAUGAUCCGGGUAUUUGGGGCUAUCUUCCAUUUAGUAUAGUUUGCAAUCACAACCGAAUUAGAUGGGCAUUAGCAGCACAUGAUAUUUGCUUUACGAAUAAAUAUCAUUCCCUGUUUUUUAUGGCUGGCAAAUGCAUACCGGUAAUACGCGGUGCUGGCGUCUAUCAAGCGGCCGUCGACUUUUGUAUAGAAAAAUUAGCGCAAGGUGACUGGGUUCACAUUUUUCCCGAAGGACGAGUCAACAUGACCAAAGAACAACUUAGAUUUAAAUGGGGCAUUGGUAGAAUCAUCUACGAAUCGCCUGUAUUGCCGAUCAUCGUACCCAUUUGGCACGAAGGUAUGGACACCGUACUGCCAAACUAUCCGCCAUACAUACUACAAUUAAGGAAAAAAGUUACCAUAAACAUUGGACAACCGAUCGAUUUGAAAGAUUUGGUGGCAAAGCUGAAGGAGAAACAGAUGCCGGAGGCAGAAGCUCGUAAAGUGAUAACUGACCGAAUACAAGAGGAAAUGAUGAUAUUGAGACAGAAAACGGAGUAUUUGCAUGUGGAAAGCCGUUAAACUAGAUAAAAUUCGUAACUUUUUUUACAUCCUCUGAUCGUCUUUUUAUUAAAAGAAGAAAAAAAAACUUUA